AUGACUGAAAACAAUAAUAAUCAGCCACUGAUAGCUGAUAUUUUAUUACCCGAGAUUGAAAAACAAUUGAUUCAAGAUGAUUCACUUUGGCCAAAUAUUAAGGGAUUAUACGUCAUUCAUAUCACCAAGAAGAAACAGCCUAUGGCUACAUGGUAUUUUGAAGUGAUAUAUGUAUACGCGUAUUUUAUCAUAGGAAAUACGGUUCAGCCUAUCAUCACGACACAUAAGGACAUGGUCAAGAGAGCAAAAGUGUUUAAAGUAAAGACGAUCAAGAUUCAAGUGGAGGAUCAUGAUUUACUCAACUUUAUUACCGGAGGUAUGACAGGCGUAAAGGCAUACAUGGCAGGAAGAAUAAAAGUACGUGGUGAUUUAGUUUUAGCUCAAAAACUUGAAGAAGUGUUUGAAAAAGCUGGUGGAAGAGAGGUACAUAUUUUAUGUUGUGAUAUGUCCUUCUUAUUCUUUUCUUAUUAG